CCUCCUUUGCGCUCUGCCCAUCCAUCGGACCUGUUCGUCUCGCUCCAUCGCUGCCCUCCUUCCCUCGCCGCAAUGUCGACCGUCGUCCAGGCGACAUACUCGCUGCGGCCCAGCGAGUAUGCCCCCUCCAACAACAGCCAAUCCUCCAUGCAGUUUGUUGGUCAGAGCAUCACCUUCCGCGAGUUCAUCCAGUCUCUCGACACCUUCAUCACCCGCCUCGAUGUCGACCACAUCAACUUCUGCCAGCCUCCGGUGCUGCCCCGAUACAGUCCGUGUCCGCCGUCCUACGACGAGGCUAUUGUCGAUGCCCCUGUCUACUCCACCUACGAACGUCCCGCUGCCCCGCUGCCGCUGCCGACCCUGCCCUCGGACGCUACGGCCACCAACUCGGAUCCAGAGCCGGCCGAUGGAGCCAACUCUGGUGCCAAGGGCCUGGGCUUGGGCUUGCGCAAGUCGCUUCGCAAUAUCCGGGAUCGUCUCAACCCCGUCGGCAGCCGGGCCCGGUCACGAUCUCUUGGUGCUCGAGCGCCUCUGUCGCCGUCCUUUGCCUCGAUAACCCUUCCCGACAUUGACGAGUCGGCCCUGCCGCCUGCCUCCCCGCCCCUCCCGUCUCGGCUCCUCACCUCAACCCGACUGCAGCGCACCCGCUCGGUGCCCCUAGGGCCUCUCACCCAAGGCCCGCCAUCCGCUGUGCCUGCCGUCCCCGCUGUCCCCGCUGUUCCCAUCGCUUCGGACAUGACGCCGAUCGAUGCUGUUGUUGGCUGGAAGGAGCAUCGCCUUCUGAUGACCCAAAACGGACACCGCGGCACCACCGUGCUGUUCUCCAACCUCGACGAUGACAUCCAGCUCAAGGCACAAAGAGUGUCGCUCAAGUCGGGGCACGACUUUGUCUAUGAAAUCCUCAACACCCACCGACAGAAAGUAUCGCGGUUCACAUACGUGGUGCCCACACACAACGGUACAGUCCAGUCCGUGCUGAUCCAGACCUUCUUCAAUGGAAGUGUGUUUCUCCGAGGGAACAUCACGAUCCAGCAAAAGUUCACCGUCAACGGAGCCCACGGCGCGCGAUACAUCAUGACGCACCAGGAUCUGGAGGACCCGAUAUUCAUCACCGUCAUCAAAGACAAGUCGGCGGGCAUGCGCAACUUGGUGGUGCGUAAGUGUGGCAGCGGCUAUCUGCUCGCGGGCCACUACUAUCUGGACGCAUACGUCAUGAGCGAGCUGUACAUCAACUAUGCUGCAUGCGAAAGGCGCUCAGAACCGACCAUGGAAAUUGCUAUGUGCAUCAUGCUGCUGACGAGCCUCUUCAUGCCCUGAAAAGCACACUUGUAUAAAGCCUCAUUGCAUUCCACUUCUAUGAAUACUGUUUCUCAACGCAUGGUUUCCCUCGCUUGCUCCUGUCUUUGCACUUUCUUCGGCUGGCUAUGUCCUUUCCCUUCCCUUUACUGCUGUUGCUGACCUUAUGAUAGAAUAUAAAACGG